GUUAGUGUUUGGCGACACUGUAAUAUGGCGUGGUGUAAUAUUGCUUAUCAACAUCGCGACAUCACAAUCAAUCGAUACUCCCCUCCAUCAUAUAUAAUAUUCAUCGCAAUUCUGCUCGGUUGUCCGGUCUAUUCCACGUUUUUUGUUUUAGAGGUACAAUUUUUUUAUUUGUGUACAUCGAAGAUACUUAAACUAUUUCAAUUCAUCAGUGUUUUAUUUAUUGUUUUUCAGUUUUCUCUACUAUAAGAACCAAACAUGAGUAGAUUCUUUGCUACCGGCUCGGAUUCCGAAUCUGAUUCUUCGUCUGAAGAUGAACAGGUUAUCCGCCAACCAACAGCAACAUUCACAGUAUGUAACUUUCACAUAGUUAAUAAAUAUAUUUAAAAAAAAAUAUUUUCGUUAAUCCGCAAAUAUGAUUACGUAUCUGGAUCUGACUACUCUAUUCCUAUAUACCCCAUUUGUUAUCCUCUGGAUUAUCACUAGAAAAAAAUAAAAUUUAAAUUAAUUAUAUUUUAAUUAAUAUUAUUAUAUUAUAUAAUUUUGUUUAAUGACACAGUAACAUUAAAACCAGUUUUUUUUAAAUAAUUAUAAACAAAAAACAUAUUUAUUUUUGAUUUAAAAUAAAAACUGAUUUUAUAAUAGUUUGAUUUAUUGUUUGAAUUUAUAGUAUAGUUAUCUAAUUAUUAAUAUAUAUAUAUAUCAGAUUAUCAUCUAGAUUAGAUUAGUCAUAAUAACAUAACAAAUAUUAAAUAUUAAUAAUUAAGUACUUAGAAUUUAGGUAGUUUAUGAUUUUAUAAAAUUACAAUUGUAUGAACUGUAAUUGAUAACUGUACUACCAAAGUGCACAUAAGACUGAGAUUAAAAUAAAAAUUAUCAAAGAAAUUGUAUUUAUUUACUAUCAUUUAUAUAAUUGAGGUAAUGUGUAUUUUACUGUUACCUACCUGCUAACUUUGAGAUUUGGUGCAUAUUUUACAUACCAUAUAAUUGUAUAAUAUACAAUUAUAAAUGAUAGAUACCAUUUUUGUAUUAAUGUCCACAGUUAAAUAUUCAAGUAAAGAGUGAAGACUACAUCAUUCUUUACUCUUUAGUAAAACUCAUGGCCUGUAAAUUAUUUAUAAAAUUAUGAUGUCAAACCUUAGUGAAAUUUAUAACAAUAUUUUAUUUUAUUUUAAACAUUUGUUUUUAUCUCAUGAUUUGAACUAAAUUAAAACAGUUGUAUUAAACAAACAUUUAAAACGUGCAACCCUGGUUAGAAGCUUUCAUCAAAUUACAUAUUAUAAUCCCUGUUAUAAUUUAAUAUUAAUAUGUUGAGAAGAGUUUUGUACCUUGGGUCUCUUGUACUAGAUAAUAGGUGUAAAAAUAAAGGUUUAUUUUAAUAUCUUUUACAAAAAAUUCUAAGGAAAUAUUUCCAAACAUGAUUUAUUUCAUUAUAAAAGUUGACAUUUAAUUAUACACUAAAGUGACUUGGUGUAUAAAUUAUAGCAAACUCCAAUUAUAAUAAAUUUCCCCAAAACAUUAAUUAACUUAUUAAAUGAAAUUCCAUUAAUGGUCCAUUAAAUAUUGACUAAUCAAAUAUUAUUUUUUUCUUUAUAGUUUAGUGAUGAUGAAGAAGACACAAAACGUAUUGUACGUUCAUUGAAAGAAAAGCGAUAUGAAGAAUUGACAAUGACCAUCAAACAAAUUAGAAAUCACAAGAAAAUCAAGGAUAUGAGUAGCUUACUGACCAGUAUGUUAAGAUAUAAUUUAUUAGAAGACAGAUAUUUUGUACAUAACUUUUAACCGGUUGUAUCAUUUAUAGGUUUUGAGGAUUUAACUCGGGCAUACACUAAAGCAUUUAAUGCAGUUAUUUUGAAAGAAGAAAAUGGAAUAGCUCCACGGUUUUUUGUACGCUGCUUGGUUGAAAUGGAAGAUUUUAUAAAUGAUACCUGGGACGAUCGUUUGGGUCGUAAAAGUUUAUCCAAAAAUAAUUCAAAAAGUUUAGCUUCUCUCAGACAAAAAUUCAGAAAGUAUGUUAAAGAUUUUGAGAGUGAUUUAGCUAAAUUCCGAGAAAAUCCUGACUUGCCUGAUCAAGAAGAAGAUCAAAAAGAAGAUGAAGAUAUAGAUUCUGAUGAAAGUGAAAGUGAAGAUGAAGUACCAGUUGCUACAUUAAAAAAACCAGAAGAAAAAAUUCCUAAGGUUAGAAUUUCCUCAUUUUACAAUCAAUGAAUCCAUUAAUAAUUUCAUGUUUUUCACUUAGGCACCAAAAACUGGUGGAGAAUCUGACAGUGAUGAUUCUUCAAUUGAUUGGGGUAGUGAUUCUGAAAGCUCUUCUUCGAGCAGUGAAGAUAAUGGUCAAUAUAUAAAUAUAAGAGAAAAAUUUUUGAAAAAGUUGGUUUAUUAUAUUUUUGUUAUUAUUUUAGAAUGUAUAUUAUAUAUAUACAUAUAUAUAUAUAUAUAUUAUAUAUAGAUUAUAAUAAUAUUUAUAAUAUCUAUAGAUCAACUGACAAGGAUGAUGAUGAAAAGAAAGAAAAGAGAGAAAAACGUAAAGAGAAACCCAAGAAACAAAAGCGUGAAGAAGAAGAUGAGAGUGAUACUGAAUGGCAAAAAGUACGAAGAGGAGUUGCCAUUCCAUCUGUAAGUUAAUAUUUUAUUAAAUGUUCCUUUUAGAAAUGAGGAGUCCUCUUUCAGUUAUCUUAAUUAUAAAUUUGCUCUUGGCAAUCUGCUAAAUAACACCUGUGCAUUCACUGGUUUCUCCCAUGUCGGUCACAACUAUGUUUAUAAAUCUCUCUGUAUUGUUUUCGUUUCUCAACAUACUUAAUUUGUUCUCUUUUUUUUUAUAUUGUAUUGAUUCCACAAAUAGGUUUUCUAUUAUAAACUUUAUAUCAUUCUUCCUUGUCAAUAUACAUAGUCAACUAAAAAUUCUCAUUUUCAUAACACUAAUUUUACAUUCAUUGUCUAAUAUUUUAAACACAUAGUUAUUGAUUAUAAUGAUCUUAAAAACCUAUCAUUUUCCUAACUAUUGUCCUUUCAUCACCUGCGGUUGUUUUUCUUCCCUCGACUUAAAUUCGACCACUUUUUAUUGUGGUAUGGCCUAAAUUUUCUUCAGAACCACAGUUCUUUUGGAAUACUGAUCCUAAACUGAAAUAAAUUAAUAUUAUAAUAACUACCUAUCUAAUACGAUGAUAUUUAAAUCUUUUAAGGAUUUUUUCCAAUGUCCCAUAAAGUGUAAGCGCAAUCCAUUAGUUAACCAACAUAAUUUCUCCCUAGUUUAUAGCAAAACUGCUAAUUAGCGGUAUCAAACACACAGGACAUUAUGAAAACGACCCUUAGUAUUAUUUAACUAUUGUUACUACAGGAAAAACCAAAAAUGUUUGCAAAAGAUGCUGAAAUUACUCCAGAAACUGUUUUACGUAAAUUAUCUGAAGUAGUAGCAGCACGUGGAAAAAAACGGACUGAUCGAAGAGAACAAAUUGAACUAUUACAUGAGCUCUUAUUGAUAUCAGAAGCCCAUAAUUUAGGAUUAGGUUUAAGAGUAAAAAUAAAAAUGUCUAUUAUUUCUUCUAUUUUUGAUUACAAUCCAAAAGUAUCAGAUGCUAUGAAGCCAGAAAUUUGGAGCAAGUAUGUUCACUAAUUAUUUUAUUGCUAGUACAAUUUUUUAAAAGCAUUAAUAAAACUUUUAAUUUAGGUUGUUGGAAUGUAUUGUUGAGCUUUUGGACUUAAUUAUCCCUAUGAAAGAUAUAAUAUUUAUUGGGGAAUCAGUACCAGAAGAUGGAGAAACAUUAGAUAAGCCAGAUUUUAGAGUACGUGGUUGUGUACUUACAAUCGUUGAAAGAUUAGAUGAAGAAUUCACUAAACUUUUGAAAGAAUGUGAUCCUCAUAGUAAUGAUUAUGUACAAAGGUUUGUAUUUAAUUUGCUUUUCUAAACAUUAUAAUAAAAAUGUUCUUCAUAUGUUUUUUUUAAAUCUAAUCAUAUUUUUAGAUUGAAGGAUGAAAAACGAGUAUGUGACAUUAUCGAUAAAGUUCAACUUUAUUUAGAACACCAGAAUAUUGAAUCUGAAGUCUGUCGUGUAUAUAUGCGUAAAAUAGACCAUCUCUACUACAAAUUUGAUCCACUGGUAUUAAAGCAAAAAAAGGUAAAAUAUUAAAAUGCAAAAUAAUAAGCACAUUUUUGUUUACUCAUAUAAAAUGCCUAAACAUAAUUAAUAUUGUAUUUACUUUUUAAAUUGUUUUAGGGUGAAAUACUUGCAUCUCUAAAAACAAACGUUCAAAUCAUGGAAAAUUUAUGCAAAUAUAUAUAUGAUAAGGAUUCUACUGAUCGUUUAAGAACAAGGGCAAUUCUAUGUCAUGUAUAUCAUCAUGCUUUACAUGAUAACUGGUUCCAAGCAAGAGACUUAGUUCUUAUGUCUCAUUUACAAGAAACAAUUCAACAUUCAGAUCCUGCAACUCAAGUAUUUUUUUAUAACUAAUCUUAAAUUAUGUUUUAAAUACUUAUAUUUAUUAAUAUUAUUAUAGAUCCUGUACAAUCGUACUAUGGCACAUAUUGGCUUAUGUGCAUUUCGCCAAGGUAACAUUAAAGAUGCUCACAACUGUUUAGUUGAUUUAAUGAUGACUGCUAAAGUUAAAGAAUUGUUAGCACAAGGACUGUUACCACAAGUAAAUUCUUCAUGUUUAAAACAUAAAGAAUUUGAAAUAUUCAUUAGCCAUUAAUAAUUUUAAUGUUUUUAUUAAUUAUUAUUUAAAGAGACAACAUGAACGUAGUAAAGAACAAGAAAAAGUAGAAAAGCAAAGACAAAUGCCUUUCCAUAUGCAUAUUAAUUUGGAACUCUUGGAAUGUGUAUAUCUGGUCUCAGCUAUGCUUAUUGAAAUUCCAUAUAUGGCUGGUAAUUUAAUUGAUUUAUUCAAAUUAAUACUACUGAAUUUGAGUUUCAUACUAUUUAUUAUUUAGCACAUGAAUUUGAUGCCCGUCGCCGUAUGAUUUCUAAAACAUUUUACCAACAACUCCGAUCGAGUGAACGCCAGUCCUUAGUAGGUCCUCCUGAAUCAAUGAGAGAACAUGUUGUUGCUGCUAGUAAAGCAAUGAGAAAUGGAAAUUGGUUAGCUUCCCGUAAUUUUAUUAUCAAUGAAAAAAUGAAUGCAAAAGUAUAAGUUUAUUAUUGUUAUUUUGUUGUUUUUUUUUUUUUUAUUACAUAACUUUGUUUACAGGUUUGGGAAUUAUUCUAUGAAAGUGAUAGAGUAAGAGAUAUGCUUGAACGUUUAAUCAAAGAAGAAUCUCUCCGCACAUACUUAUUUACUUAUUCCCAUGUUUACAAUUCUAUUUCAACAAAGACAUUAUCUGAAAUGUUUGAACUUCCAAAAAAUACAACUCACUCUAUCAUCUCAAAAAUGAUAAUCAAUGAAGAAUUAAUGGCUUCUCUUGAUGACCCUACCCAAACUGUUGUAAUGCAUCGCAGUGAACCAAGUAGAUUACAAUCACUUGCUCUGCAACUGGCUGAUAAAGUUAACAAUUUUGUAGACUCCAAUGAAAGAAUUUUUGAAAUGAAGCAAGGUAAAAUAAAACUAUCUGUUUUAAAUAAUGAUAUUAGUUAAUACUGCCUUCAUUAUUAAUAAAUACAAUUAUUUCUAGGAAACUUUUUCCCAAGAGGUGGCAAUCAAAACCAAGGGCAAUAUAGACAAAACUUUGGUCGACAAGCUGGUGGUCAAGAUUGGAACAGACAACGACGCGACAACCGGAAUAAUUAUUAAUACUUUAAAAACAAAUAAUUUUUUUCUAUUUCAAAAAUACAUAACUUUAAAAUAUCAAACUUAUUCAAAUAUUUUCUGUUCAAUUUUAGUAUUAAGAAUUAUAUGUAAUACAAUUGUAUUCUACAGUAUAGUUUAUUUAAAUUCUGAUUAAAAUAUUAUUUAUUAUACAUCAUUUACGUGAUGUUACUUAACUUUUAUAAUUUCUCAAAUGAGUAAUAAUUAUGAUCAGACAUACCCUACUGAUAUACUGAACUCCCUAUCCUAGGCUGUAGUAAAUUGGUAUUGUAGAUGUCGAAAAUCAAGACAAAAAAAUAAUCACGGCGUGUUCUAUUUGUUGAAAUAUGUAAUUUAUAAAUAAUGACAUACUAGAAUGCACAUGAAAUUACUAUACAUUUUUAACUUGAGCAUUUGGUUAGUUUAAAAGACAUUUACUCAAAUGAGAAAAUUAUAUUAAAUUAACACAAUUAUAUGUGCAGUAUGCAGACAUUUAUUUUUAACAUUAGUGAAAAGUUUUGAGUAAUUUGAAAAUUAUUGAUUACUGAAUAGAGGGCAGUAUUAACGGUUCAACAUUGUAAUAUGUAUACCUUUAAAUUUUUAUUUAAUUCCUUUUAUAUUUGACUAUAAAAUUGCUUUUUUUUUGCUUGGCCCUAGACAAUAACGAAUGGGAGAAAUUAUUUAAGAAUAAAUUCUGAUUUAAUUUUUUGUUAAUACCAGUAUCAAUAUAUGGCCGCAUUAAUAUUAAUAUAUUGUUCUAAUCAUUUUCGAAAUAUGUUAUUUACCAACUAAUAGCUAUUAGUUAUUACCAUACAUUAAGAACCCACAAAAGUUGCAAUUAUUUAUUAUUAUAUACAUGGUCUAUGAUAAGGUAUACUUAAUAGUUUAUAUAUACUAGUGGUCUUCAACCUUUUUGACUCUCGACACGUUAUUUUUAUCAUACAUUUUUCAAAAUGUAAAUUGUUUUAUUAGUCAUGAAAAGCAAAACUAAAUUUAAAAUGCUUAAUGUCAGAAUGCCAUUGUAGAAGUGCUUUUAUUACUGAAUAAAUAUAAGUUAAUAUUUUGUAGGUAAUAUCCAAUUUUUAUUUAAAAAAAAAUAGUGCAUUGUUUGACCCUGACAGAUUUCAUAUAACAUACUCCAUCUCGGCUCAACUUUGUACAAUACAAUCUGCAAAUUAUGUUUUGUUUGAAUUUUAUUUCUUUUUAACAUUUUCAAAUUCGACAUGGAAAAAAAUCCCUUUUCACAUAGUUAUGUUAUUUGAAGUAUUAAUAGAAUUUGAUUGUUCAUUCUUAUCUUCUAUUACUAUGAAAUUAUACAAUUUAAUAAUAAAAGCUAAAUUAUUAUAUCGAAUGUCACAUACCAG